CAACACCAGCACCAUUCAUGUCAACGUGGGAUAUCUCCAGAACAAUGCUAGGACCAUUUUAUUAUGCUGGCCCCUCCCCGACUGCACAGCAACCCUGGAUGCAGCCACGCCUCCUUCAUACAACCUCCCAGCAUCCCUUCACCCCGGGCAAACCGGUUGGACACACUGAGAGGCAGAGUUCUCCUUGCUGAGGAGGAACUGGACCGAUACUGAGAAGAAGAAGAAGAAGAAACAAAAGGAGGACUGAGACCUGUUUGCACUGCAGGUCAGCUGCGAGUCUCUGCUUCAGAGGUCGUCUAUGAUGCACUUGGCUGAUGAAAAUAAAUUAUCAGAGGAAGAAAUGAGUUUGGGGGCAGCGUGCAUUUUCUUGCGAGGAGGGAAGAAUAUUUCAAGAGGACUGGCUGAUGAUGAGAUUGAAGAACUGCGUGAUGCAUUUAAUGAGUUUGACAAAGACAAGGAUGGGCUGAUCAGCUGUAAGGACCUGGGGAAUCUGAUGAGGACAAUGGGCUACAUGCCCACGGAGAUGGAGCUGAUCGAGCUGAGCCAAAAUAUCAACAUGAACCUUGGUGGCAGAGUGGACUUUGAUGACUUUGUAGAGCUGAUGGCCCCAAAGCUUCUGGCAGAAACAGCUGGGAUGAUUGGCAUGAAGGAGCUCAAAGAAUCCUUCAAAGAGUUCGACACUGAUGGAGACGGAGAGAUCACCACAGAGGAGCUUCGGUCUGCCAUGACCAAGCUGAUGGGAGAGCACAUGAGCCGCAGGGAGAUAGAUGUGAUAGUAAAAGAAGCAGACGACAACGGAGACGGCACAGUAGACUUUGAAGAGUUCGUCAGAAUGAUGUCCCACGAAUGACAGUCGAGGAGGCUGUCAAUGAAGAAAGUAUCUUUGCACCUCCAUGGACAUGCGUUAAUAUUGAUGCUGUCUUUUUAUAAGGCUUUAUAAGGCUUACAGAUGAACUUGUAGGCUAUAUAUUAAGAACAAACAUGUAAUCAUUUAGAAAUUUGAAUAAAGUGCUGUGAAGAAAAGUCAAGCAAUGUGAAGUUGUUCUCAGAGAGAAUUUUACAUCUAU